UUCAGAGUCUGUGAGGCUUGUGGAGGGAGCUGGUCUGUGCUCUGGCAGAGUGGAGCCCUCCAGGGGGCGCUCUAUGGAGAAGGGAAAGGUCCACUCUGGGAUAAAGAGUUCCAGUGUGGAGGCAAGGAGUCCCGUCUCCUGGACUGUGACACCUCAGACUCAGCUAGAAACACCUGCUCACCUGGCAGUGCUGUUGGACUCACCUGCAUUUCAGUGCCAGAUGUGAGGUUGGUGGAUGGAGGUAGUCGCUGUGCUGGUAGAGUGGAGAUCAAACAGCAGGAAGAGUGGAGACAAGUGAUUGCUGGGCCUCACUGGAACAUGAAGACUAAAGCUGUAGUGUGCAGACAGCUGGACUGUGGAUCUGCUGUUUCAACAAAACGUUAUGAUGGUGAUGAAGAUCGUCCUGCAUGGAGGUUAGACCUUGACUGUGCUGGGACCGAGUCUGCUCUGGGGGAGUGUGGAUACGUGAGCGAAAGAUUCAACACUUUCUUAAUUGCAGAAGUGAUCUGCUCAGAUCUCCUGUUGCAGCCUGGUAUCUCCCUGUCUUCCUCCAUGCUGGGGGUCUCCCAGGACCAGCAGCAGGGGCUGCAGGUGUUCAGGGACCACAGCUUCACCAUCACCUGCUCCAUCCAGCCACAGUACCCAGGAGGCUCCUUCCACCUCACCUUCACUGCCUCCAACACAACCCUGACACACACCCUCACAGCUGUCAAUCACUCUACCAACUUCCUGUUUCCUGCUGCAGACCACGUCCACCAAGGGAACUACAGCUGUGUUUAUGAAGUCUACGUUUUCUCUCAUAACUUCACCUCUGAGAGUGAGCUCCUCUCUCUCACUGUUGCAGCCAAUCCUCUGCCAGCUUUCAUCAUCAGAGUGGUGGUGGUGGUGUUGCUGACUCUGCUGACGUCCAGCACUGCCCUCUAUCUGUACUUUAAGACCCCCAGGAAGCCUGCAGAGAGGGGGAGCAUGGCGCUGGUCUCCCUGCAUUCCAGUGCUGAAGCUGGGCCAGGAGAGGAGAGAGCAGCCCAGAGGAUGGAGCAGGAGGAGAGUGCUGUCUAGACGCUGAUCUGAGGUCAGUCAUGGAGUCCCUGCCAAUGGUGACUGACAGCAGUGAGGGAAGCUGGUCUGAUCCUGGAUCUGCUGGCAACACCAUUUACAAAAAAAGAUUCAAAUUCCUUUGAUUUUACAAUUCUUUUUUGAAUAAUGCUUUUAUUACAACUUUUACUUUACUUAUCAACACAUUUUAUUGUGAUAACAGUUCAUUUUGCCAUGAUUGUUUUAUUGUAAAAGUGUAAAAAAAGGGUUAUUUUUUCCCCCGCUGCUUUUUUGGAUCGCAAUUGUCAUGGCAACAGCAGUUGAGUGUUUAACCUUGCUGAUAUUUUUCUUCUCUAAGUGUUUUUAAUAGGAAUAAGAUUUUUGGUUUUGGGUCCAGAAUAAGAUUACGAGGGGUGGUGUGUUAAGAGGGCAAAUAGUUAGAAGGAAGCUGGUCUGAUCCUGGAUCUGCUAGCGACACAGUUUACAAAAACUAUUCAAAUUCCUUUAUUUUUACAAUUAUUAUAUGAAUAAAGCUUGUUUUGUUUUUUACCACUUUUGCUUUACUUAUCAACACAUUUUACUGUGAUAACAGGUAAUUUUGUGAUGAUUGUUUUUAUUGUUAGUGUAAAAAAAAAAUAUUGCAAUUGUCAUGGCAACAGCAGUUGAGUGUUUAAUACUUCAUUUUUUGUACCUUGCUGAUAUUUUACUUUUAAGUGUUUUUUUAUGUAGUUGGUAAUAGGAAUACGAUUUUCAGUUUUCGGUUCAGAGUAAGAUUACGAGGGGUGGUGUGUUAAUACAACAAAUAGUUAUGAGGAUUUGUUCUCCUGGCUUCCAGAAAAUUAUAAUAAAUCAAGUUAAAAUGAAGAACUAGUCACAUGUUUUCAUUUCACAUGUCAUUUACUCACCAGCAGUAGUUGCCUUGGAGACUCCUGUCAACAAAACACAUCGUCAUGGGAACACAGAACUGACCUGCACCACAGGAAACAGCCAAGCUAUCUAUCUAACAUGCAUCUAAAGCAAGUUUGAACUUUAUUUGUCCUCUGAAACAAGGACAAGUGAAGCUACAAGCUUGCUAGUAUAUUAGACGACUCGUGUUUAGAGAAACCGUGCAUGUUCUUCAGAGGCCAGCCUGUGGUCAUUUGUUCUGUUGCUGUGAAGAUGUUGUAGUCCAGCAUUUUUCCUUUUUCGUGGUAGUGUCUGUGAAACUUUUCAUCUUUACUUGCAUAGAGAAAUAGGAGACUUUGCUUUUCAAACUUUUUUCCAUAUUUAUUCAUCUUUUUUAUUUUUGUACUCCUUUUUUUGCGUAUUGAAAUUCGUACUUUAUGUGAACAGGACGUUUUUUUUUUCCUUCCUCAAAUUUAAGAGAAAAAAAAAGAAACAUUU